CGAGGGCGGGCCCCCUGGCCCGGGUGAUCUUUAAAUUCUUCCGCACUGGGGCAGUCUGUGCACUUACCUGGCAGUCUGCAGCGAGUGACGCGCUGCCCUGCACUCCCAAGGACUCCUGUCCUCUGCUUUAGGCGGGAAAUGCAGUUGCUGGAUUGCAACCCAGAGGUGGAUAGUCUGAAGCAUCUGCUGGAGGCCGGGGCCUCGGUCAACGCACCCCCGGAUCCCUGCGAGCAGUCGCCUGUCCACUUGGCCGCAGGGGGCGGCCUCGCUUGCUUUCUUCUCUGGCAGCUGCAAGCGGGCGCUGACCUCAACCAACAGGAUGUUUUUGGAGAAGCUCCACUACACAAGGCAGCAAAAGUUGGCAGCCUGGAAUGCCUCAGCCUGCUUGUAGCCAGUGAUGCUCAAAUUGAUUUAUGUAAUAAGAAUGGGCAAACAGCUGAAGAUCUUGCUUGGUCAUAUGGAUUUCCAGAAUGUGCCAAGUUUCUUACAACAAUUAAAUGUAUGCAGACAAUAAAAUCAAGUGAACAGUCCAGUGGAGAUCAUUGUGUUCCAGUGCUCCGACAGAAACGAAGUUUUGGAAGUAUAGAAAAUACAAAUGGGAAAAGGAAGUGUUGAUGUCAUGUUGGUUUUGAAGAGAUUUGAAGAAGGCCUUCACUUGGUGCAGAUCUACUGCUCAGCUACAAGCUAUGGUUUUUGGCUCACUGACGUGUGUCCUUCUAAGAAGGGAGAAAACUUUCUUCUAAGUGAAGAUAACAUUUAAGAAUACAUGUAUUUACAUGCCUAUAAUAUUUUGGUUGUGCAUGCUUUGUCUUUUAAGUUGUUAAAGGAAUGUCUAAAGAAUAAAUUCUUUGUGCAGUAUUUACAAUCUUUGGAAAAAAUCAUAGUUUAAACCAUCAAACUACACUCAGGAUUUAAUUUGAAAUUAAACUUAUUGUUUAUUAACAAAUUUAUAAUACAACUUUAUUACAGUCUUUGAAUCCAAGAUAUUUCAAAUAAUAUUUGGUCGCUGAGGAAGACAUAAGUUAUAGUAAGCAUCCUUGUUCCAAAAGUCUGGGCCCUUCCAUCCACACCAGCCCUAGAUUUGGGAGAAGGGAAAGGAAAACCUUUUACAAAGUUAUAGGACUACACUAUCGAAAUUGUAACAUUUUACAGUCUUGCUGUAAUCUCGAAUCUCGAGUCCAGCAGGAUCUCGAAAUAAGACUCUAAAUACCUAUAUAAUUAAUUCAAAGAUUUGAAUUCCUAUAAAGCAUAGAAAAGUAAGUUAUUUGGGUCCAUUUCAGAUAGAAUUUUUAAAAUUUUUAAUUCUAUAGUAUUUAAUCAUAGAAAUUAUAAAAAAAGAAAAGCUUCCUUAUGGUGAUUGUUACUCCAAAUGCCACAUUUUAGUGAUUCUAAGAUGUACAGUUUUACAAUUCUCGCAGUCGAUGGCGUGUGACGGUUUAAAAACGGGCAGUUUGUUUUUCUUAGUAGUCCAUACAAGACAGUAAUAUCCACCAUGCAGAGGCAUCUCAGCUAUGAGGAAAUAAGGCAGUGAGAAAUCUGAACUUGCCCCUUGAGUUACAUUCUAUGCCCUUCAUUUUCCUCAGGCAGUCAUCAUUCAAUUUUUCCAUUCUUCAUGUCAGUAUUAACCCUUUUCCCCAGCAGAGAAAAUUAUUUUCAGACAAAAUCUCAUUGUGAAUAUAAAUGUUUAUCAAAUUUUAUCAAGGGCUAUUGAUUUAAGACCCAGCUAACGACUGGUCUGUUAAAUCAUUCUGAAGUGAAAUGCUUUGUGAAAUACUUGUGAGGAGGCUAGCUAGGACUCUUAAAACACCACUGGCUGACAAGGUGGUGGUGGUCUUUACUCUAACUCACUCAGAAGCUGCUGGGUAUUCUGGCAGGGACCUAGAGUCAAAGUUCACAGUUCCUACAGAAGGCAGUGUGUUAGCUGUUUUCAUUGUGGAGGCAGGAGGGUGGAGUAAAAUGCUCUUUAAUUUUCUCAUUUUUCUUUUUCUAAUUGCAAAAACAAGAUACACACUGUAAAAAUUCAAAUGAGAUGAAAGUAAAAAAUAAAAAAAAAAAUCCUGCACCAGUCCUACUCCCCCCCGCCCCCAGGUAACCGCUGUUAAGUUUGGUUUAUUGUCUUUGAGACCUAUUUCUGUACAUAAAUAAGCUUUUUAUUAUCUAAUUUUUUUGGCAAAACUUUAAUAAAUUUAAUGUCCUAAAAUCUGUUUUCUUAACGAUAAAUGGAAAAAAAAGGCUUAACCUAUCUCUGUUUUAAUCUUUUUGUGAUCCUUUCACACAGGUAGGUCUUCUCCAGGUAAUCAGACUCAAAUUUUCUUUUAAGAGAAGUGGAUAGAGAGGGUGCCAAAGCCAGGAACUGACAGGAGUAGAUGGGGGGCCAUGCCUCUUUUCUUUGAGGUGACUGGCCUGGGAACUUCAAACAGGAAAACUCUCAAAGAAGGUAAAGAGAGGUCAGGCAGAGGCAGAACUUCCCAUGGCCGCUGCUAUCACAUGUUGAAGCCUGAUCCCCAAUGUGGUGGUAUUGGGAGGUGGGGCCUUUGGGAGGGGAGGAGGUUUUGAGGGUGGAGCCCUCGUGAAUGGGAUUAGUAGCCUCAUUAAAGAGGCCCCAGAGAGCUCCCUCAACUCUUGCACCAUGUCAAGACAUGGUGAAAAAGACUGCCCUCUAUGAACCAGGAGGUGGAUCUGAGAUUUCCCAGCCUCCAGAACUGUGAGAAGUAAAUUUCUGUUGUUUAUAAGCCACCCAGUACAUGGUAUUCUGUUACAGUAGCCCGAACAGACUAAGACAGCGCCUUAGAUUCUGGAGUCAAGUGAGAGGGAACAGUUCUGAUGGCCAGGCCUCGGCUUCAUGGUUUCUUAUAUGUGCUAAUAGAGCAAUGGGUGUUUUGCAGUUGCAAAAUUCUACAGAACUAUAACUAGCAAAGAAGGAGAGUGCAUUCUCAGAGAAAGUCAUCAGGGACAAUGCCUUACUGUAGCUAACUGCUUCAGAAAACCCUAUCUAGAUAGUUCCAUCUAGUGCAAAGUCCCUCAAGCCAGUCAGAAAGAAGUAAUUUUAUUUAUUUAUAUCAUGCCUCCAAUAAAAUAAUUAAGGCUUCUCACUGCCUUUAAGACACAAUCUAAAUGCCCUGCUUCUCUGCCUGGCUCAGAUGGCCACCCUCCUGGAAUUAGCUCCUGUGCACCCCUCCAGCCACACCUCUUCACCAGUGCUAGUCCUGUGAAAACUACUGUAGUUUACGGAAUGUGCCGGGCUUUCCUUUCCCUGUCUCUAAGUGAUCCCUCUACAGGAUCAGCUAUGUUGUAACCUCCACCGUAGAUACCACAUUUGUUCCUGGGGGUCCUUUCCGCACUCUCCUUCUCUGUCCUUCUACACUAGACCGAGAGAUCCUUAAAGACCUUGUGAAUACCCCUAGUGCUUAGGACAGUGGAUGUCACAUAUUAGGUACUUAGUGAAUGCUGAAUGAACACUUUGCUACAGAAAGAGAGUCAAUAUUGCUCCUAUUUUCAGUAAGAUAUGUGUGCCAGCCAACAAUAUUUCAUAGAUUAAAAAGUCCAAAUGCCUUAAAAGAGAAAAGCAGGGAGAAAAACACCUAAAAUUUUAAGAACGCAUUUAUGACCUGUUAGUAUUUACAGAUUACUCUUAUUAUUAGCAAAAGACUUUACUAACCUGGGGCUAUAAGAGAGUUCAGCUACGCACACAUUAAAGCUCCCUACAUAUAAAACAUCUUUAGGGUUUUCGUAAUCUAAUGUAGUUAUAUUUUUUUCAACCUCUGAAAACAUCUCACCAAUUAAUUUCAAUGUUAAACCAUCCAAUUCCCCAGAAUUCUGCUUUUAAAAAAGUGACCUAAUUAAACCACAACUUCAAAGUUCAGAAAAACCUUUUUAUUGGUACUAAUGAUACUGACUUAAGUAACAACAUGAUAAAAAUGAAAGAUAGUGGGUAACAGGAUAU